GAUUAAAAUGAUGUAGCACCAAACCUUACUUCACGUCUCAUCCUUUUUAUAACCAAAAUGCAAAACACUCUCUUCAUGCAUUUACAAUAUCUCAACCAAAAUUCUUCUUCUUCUUUUUCUCUUCAUUCUAAGACACAAUUCCUUUUGCAUUUCUCCACAUGAAGAAGUUGAACUUGAUACUAAGGAAGUGCAAGAGCCUUUCAAAACAACUAGGGAGAUCUUCUUCAUAUAGUAGCCUAAGGUCCAAGUCUAAUAGAGAAGAGGGGGAUGAGCUAUGGCGACAUAUAUCGACCGGUGAUGAUGCUGUGGUUCUUGUCGGAAGUUCCCGUCGUCGAUACAUGAUAAGUUCGAAAUAUCUCAAUCAUCCUCUUUUUAAUGCACUUAUUGAAAAAUCAUCCAUGUCCGGUGAUAACACCUUCGCCGUAAAAUGCGAGGUUGUGCUCUUUGAUCAUCUUCUUUGGAUGCUUGACAAUGCUGAUAUUGAUUGUGGUUCUUUGGAGGAGCUUGCUGAGCUCUAUGUGUUUUGAUGGUCUUUGUUCAUUAGAUAUGUUAACUAAAUAUGGAUUGAGAUUAUUGAAGCUAUUAA